AUGUCCACCAAGCAAGAACACGAGUCCUCGGGGAGCAACUCCCCCAAGAGCAGCACUCCCGCGCCCUCGACAGCCACCAGCAACACUUCUCAGAGCGCCGGCAGCACCAGCGCCGACGACAACCUCAUCUGCAAGUGGAACAGCUGCAACCUGAAGUUCGUUACGCCUGAGGCUCUCUACGAGCACAUCUGCGAGCGCCAUGUCGGCCGCAAGAGCACCAACAAUCUCAACCUGACCUGCCAAUGGAACUCCUGCAGGACAACCACCGUGAAGCGUGACCACAUCACCUCUCACAUCCGCGUCCACGUCCCGCUCAAGCCUCACAAGUGUGAGUUCUGCGGCAAGUCUUUCAAGCGCCCUCAGGACUUGAAGAAGCACGUCAAGACCCACGCCGAUGACUCGGUGCUCGUCGGCCGAUCACCUCAGGACCAGGGGAUGAACGGCUAUCGGGCGCAGCCUGGCAAAGCUUCUUCUAGCUACUAUGAUCAUAAUGGCCACAUGAGGACUAACUCGGCCGCCUUCGCACACCAGGCUGGGCAUGCUAGCUACUAUGCUCCCCAACCAUCUACAAAUUAUGGACUGUACUUCAACCAACAACCCUUGAACCCUCCCCGAACUGAGUACAUCGGCCACCAUGGCGGCUACGACAACCGGAAGCGCGCUUUCGACAUGGUCGACGACUUCUUUGCACACGCCAAGCGCCGCCAGGUCGACCCUACUUCCUACCAACAAGUAGGCCGAUCCCUUCUCCCCCUCCACGGUGCCCUCGGCCUCCACGCCGGUCCCAUGCCUGGCUCCGACUACAUGGCGGCUCCUCCCCCGCAGCACGUACAGCACCACCAGCACGUCGGCGGCGCUCCCUCUGGUCCUGGCCCUCUGACCCAGCAGUACUACUUGCCGCCCAUGCCCAACGCCCGCACCAAGAACGAUCUGAUCCAGAUCGAUCAGAUCCUGGAGCAAAUGCAGAGCACUGUCUACGAAAACGCGAACCAGGCCACCCAAGGAAUCCACAUCCACGGCCAGAACACGUUCGAUCUCCGCAACAGCCCCUCGCCUCCUGGCGGCCACAGAGGCUCCGCCGCCGGCAUUCCAGUCUCAAACGGCGGCUACGACGCCGUCUCCGCUGCUCACAUGGCGUCGCCGCUCACCGCAAUCUCCUCCACUGGAACGCCCGCCGUCACUCCCCCCUCAAGCACCAUGUCAUACACCUCUGGUCAUUCGCCCAGCCCCUCUUCUUCCGGCAUGUCUCCUCAAUCAAGACACUCCUCGACCGCAUCCUCAGUCAUGUACCCCAACCUCCCUGCUGUCAGCUCCGUCUUCCCCGGUCAAUCCACGACCUCUACUCUCGGACCCAGCUUCGACAGCAACGAGCGCAGACGCUACUCGGGCGGCAUGCUCCAGCGUGCCAACCCCUCGUCACCAAGAUCUCCCAUCAUCAGGGAGGACUCCUCCGGCUUCUCCACGCCGAAGGCCGAGUCUGUCGCCUCUUCUAUCGGUUCUCCGUCCGCCUCUUCCGACUCCGACAUGAGUGAGGGUGCCCGUGACCGCGAGGAGAAGUACGACCAAUGGCUCGAGAACAUGCGAACCAUCGAGGCUCUGCGCGAGUACAUCCGCGAGCGUAUCGACCGCAAGGACUUUGCCGAGGAGGCUCGCUCCCCGGAGGCCAGCCGUCUCAAGUCUCCUGAGCCUAUGGAGGUUGACGCCAAGCCCGCUCCGGCAGCGCCGCUGUACCCUGUCUUGCGCAUGCCCAACUGA